UUUCUUUUCCCUAAUCAAAAAUGGCGGACUAAAAUUGUUGUGGUUAAAUUGUCGUUGCGUUGUCAUUCGUCAGUGUAUGGUUAGGUGGUUUGGAUUGGAUUUUAAUCCAAGUUGCUGGAAAAUUAGUGAUAUUUGUGAUAGUCAGCCCUGUGAAUUAUUAUUAUUUAGGCAUCAAAUAAACUUUUUAAAAUGAUUGUGGAACAAAUGGACGCUUUCAAAAAUUGGUUAACAGCUGUUUUAAAACCCAUGUGUGAAGCUGAUCCAGCUGCACUGGCUAAAUAUGUUCUAGCUCUUAUAAAAAAAGACAAGUCCGAAGCUGAGCUAAGAAAAAGUAUGGUCGGCCAACUUGAAGUAUUCUUGGAAGGGGAAACUGAAAGGUUUGUUAACUUAGUUUUUCAAACUUUAACCACAAAGGAUUACAUAAAUACGCCAGUGAUACCCAACGCAAAUCCACCAAACCCAAAUGUUAGUACUUCUAAACCCAAAGAGGGAAAGGACACCAAAGUUAUCAUAUCACCUAGUGAACUCCCAAAUUUAAAUGAAGUUGUUAAUGGUAGUGCAACUGAUAAAAAGGAGGUACCAAGGGAGAUAGUUAAGAAGGAUAUUAAAAGCAGAAGAAAUUCUGAAAAUGUGGAAAAAGAAGAGAGGCCACCUAGGCGACGAUCGAGACACCGUUCUUUAUCGCGUAACAAGUCCCGUUCCAGAUCAUGGGAUAAAAUGAAAAGAUCGAGGUCUCGGGAAAAAUCCAGAGAAAAGUUUGACAGAGAUAUCAAUCAUCGAUUAGACAGAGAGAAAAGGGAACGUGAAAGAGUGGAAAGGGACCGAGUGAGGCCUUGGAGGAAUAAAUCUCCUGGAAGAAGAUACGAUAGAAGGCGUUCAAGGUCCCCUAGAAGCCCGAGCCCAAUAAGAAUUAUUAGAUCGCGAUCUAGAAGCCCCAGACAUGUACCGCAUAGAAACAGAUAUAGGGCCAGUAGGAGUAGGUCUUUGGAGAAGAGAGAGAGGAAGGAUUCUAAAGAUUUAAAAACUCAAUCAAGACCUUCUACACCCAUCCCAGACUCCAACCAUGAAGAUUUGGAUCUUGUGUCAGGAGGCCAGAAUGUACCCAGUGUUGUAGGGCAACCAAACAUCUCAAAAAGAAGAUGUCGUGACUUUGACGAAAAAGGUUACUGCAUGCAAGGAGAAAUGUGCCCCUUCGACCACGGUGUUGAUCCAGUGGUCCUUGAAGACUCAACUUUGACUAGAGUAUUAUCCUUUGACGCUAAUAGCGAUGUUGCCGGAGCUAUAGCAGCAGGAGCUCCUUUGGGUGCUGUCCCGCUGCCUCCAGGAACCGCACUACCACCACCAAGACAUAAUAAUGAUAACCCUUACAAUCCCCAGGCGCCGCAAAUGUGGGGCCGCCCUGGUGCCCAGCAGUUUAGGGGUCCUAGACCUAUGGGAGGAGUCAGAUUGCCUUUUACUCAUCAGCCGCCACCAAAUAUGGGAGGGAUGCAACGCGAACUUAUUCCUGUACCUGUUAUCAUGGACAGUACAAAACCUCCAGGUGUAGUGCCUCAAGGAGGCUUUGCCCCAAUGGGGGGUCCAUUUGGACAUCCUCCUCCAGUACAGAAUUACGGGCCCAAUGGUAUGGCGAAUGCUCAAGGACCACCUAUGCAUCCAGGAAUGUAUAAUAAGAAAAAGUUUGAUUUUAGUCGGCUGGGUCCGAGGAAAAAUCCAGGAAAUUGCAGUUUGGAGUUGAAAAAAGUACCCACCGGAAUGAAUUCCAUUACACACUUAAACAAUCAUUUUUCCAAGUUUGGGAAAAUUGUAAAUAUUCAGGUCCAAUAUGAAGGUGACCCUGAGGCUGCCCUCAUAACAUUUUCGAGUCAUGCAGAAGCAAACAGUGCCUACAGGAGCACUGAAGCAGUCUUAAAUAAUCGAUUUAUAAAAUUAUUUUGGCACGAUUCUGAGGGCAACAAACAGGAAAACGUGCCACCACCCCAACAGAACGCUAAUAAAGAUAAGUCUGCUGGAAAUGUAGCCCCUAACAGCAAUAAGGUGUUAAAUUUGGUUCAGCCAAAAGCUGGAGAAACAGAAAUUGAAAACAAAUCUGAUGAAAAAGAUGAGAAACCAGAAUUAAGCAAGGAAGAGAGUAAAGCUCAGGCUACAGCUGCUAUCCAGAAGAAUCAAGAUUUGCUAGCAGCUCAAGUAAAGAUGCAUAAAAAUAAAGACGAGCAACGCAAAGAAGUUAUAAAAAUUCAAAGUGACUUGAGAAAAAGGAAGCAAGAACUUUUAGAUAAACAACUCUCCCAACAGAAAGUUCUUAUUGAAAAAAUGUCCAAACUACCUCCGGGUCCCCAGCGUGAUAUCAUUAAGGAAACAAUCAAUAAAACCCAGGAAGCAAUCGAAGGGAUCAAGAAGGAUUUGGAACAAGCUGCUGUGGCCGCCAAAAAUUCUGUUGUUCCUUUAAAAAAAUCGAAAGAGGAGACGCAGAAGGAAUUGCUGGACAUGGAACUGGAUCUCAUUACCAAACAACAAGAGGGUGCUGACACGACAGAGCUUCAAAAAAAAUUGCUAGAGCUUAAAACAAAAGCUGCGGCACUCACCAGGGUUAGUCAUAGGGGUAGGGUCAGGGGACGGUUUACACCAGUGUACAACAGGAAUUUGCUGAGCAAGAAUAAUUUGACAGAUAGUAACUUGAAACUCACAGGCAAAAUUAAAACAGUCACUAAAAUAGUCAACAAGGCCUCUAUUGUGUCGCCAAAUCCUGCGUCUCUUCAAGUGUCGUCUGUGCAUCUGGCCCCUCCCACUGCUUUCCAGAAGCACGCCCUCGACCAUCGGCCAGCCAGAUUAUUGGUUUCUGGCUAUGAAACCGAUGAACAGGAUGCUGUUUUGGGUCACUUCCAACAAUUUGGUGAUGUUGUUGAUUACAUCAUAGACACGUCAUUGCCCAGCAUUACGUUGAACUAUAAAACCAGAGCCGAAGCAGAAUCUGCCUUGUUAAAAGGCAAACAUUUCCAGGACCGUACUCUGUCUAUUACGUGGCAAAGUAACGCUGCUCAUCGUCUGCAAACCCAACGAAGUGGGGGUUCCUCUACCAGGACCGUACUGUUGUCCGAAUCGGACGAAGACCAUUUGAUUGAUCAGAGUUUACUAGAAGGCGAUGAAGAGAUGGCACCGGAGACUGAGGAAGCUCUUUUGCAAGACGACGAAGAUGAAGAUGAAGAGGACCGUUCCUGGAGGCGAUAGUCCGUCUCUGGAAAGCGAGUUUUUUCUAGUUAAUAAUUUAGGGUAAACUCUGUACAAAAAUAAUGUUCUUUAUAAUAUUCACUUGAUGACUUUUAAAUAAUUUUGUAAGUACUGACCACUUUUUUUCUUUAAUUUUAAUUACAAGACUCCUCAAUUUAAUGGUUUUAUUGAAUAUAUGUGUAUACACAUAUUCAAAAUUUGCACUUGUAAUAAAAUUAAUAUUUUUUGUUAUUUUCUUAGGCAUUUAUGUUGUCUUUUUUUGAAUAUUGUGGUCAUAUUUUCAAGUCUAUUGGAAUUGUGUGAGCUAAAGAUCCAUAUUAUAGAAAUUGUUUUUAUUAUAAGUGGAAAAGUAAUUUUUUUAGUCAUUUUUGCUAAGUCAAAAAGUUGUACAAAAUGAACGAAUAUUGUAAUAUUGUUAGCUGUUUGGAUUGAAAAAAAUAUUGUCCCUAAAAAAAAAAAAAAAUGGGAAAAAUGAGCAGAAACUAAUGUGAAAAAUAAUAAAGGAAAAAGAGAUGUAUAUUUUAAUAAUAAUUGGGGCAUAGAUUAA